AUGGCGAAGGAUACAACGGCAACGACAACGACAACGACGACGGUACACGAAGAAUCGGAGCAGGAUCUAGAAGGUGAGGCGCCGGAGUUCGGAGGUCAUCAUCCGGACACGAAGCAGCACGUUGGACCACGGAGAGGACGCUGCAAAUGGUUUAACGUCGUGAAGGGCUGGGGCUUCAUCACACCGGACGAUGGCGGUCAGGAGGUGUUUGUCCAUCAGGUACACGUCGUGCGCUGUCGAUUGAAUAUCUGGACCAUAUUCUCAUAUUCAUUAUUCUCUCCGCUUAUAAGUGUCAUCCAGAUGGGAGGCUUCCGAUCGUUGGGCGAGAACGAAGAGGUCGAGUUCGAGUCGAAGCUGACGGGCAAGGGGUACGAGGCGACCAGAGUUUACGGGCCAUCGAAUGCCGAGUGUAAAGGCAGUGACUUCCGGCCGUACAGCAAGAAACGGAGGUUCCGUAAAGUGCGGUGCUACAACUGUGGAGAGUUUGCGAAUCACAUCGCAUCCAAGUGCGCCCUCGGUCCACUACCGAAGCGGUGCCAUAACUGCAAAAGCCAGGACCAUCUGAUAGCGGACUGUCCGACGAAACCGCCACCGCCACCGCCGGAAUCCAAUUGA